AUGGCUGGGCGCAAGCACGACAAGGAGCCUGGCAAGUCUGCGAGCAUAGCACCGCCAAAGAGGCUCGCGCUCAGCGACAAGACUGCCCAAGCUGUCUUUGUCGACACAGAGGUACUGCUCGAGCCGGAGGUGAUUGGCCGGUCUGGAUCAGACGCUUACGGCUGGGCGCGGGGAAAGUACUACGCCGUGGCCCCCUACGCGGAGGAUGGGGUGGUCUCCAGAUGCGGCAAGGAUGGGAAGGAGGUGGCCGUGAGGUUCGAGAUAAGAGACAUGACGGCUGGAGGGGAGGGGGUGCACCUCUCGGCGACGGAGUGCAAGAAGGUGCAAAAGAGCCAGUACUAUUUCUUCCAGGCGGUGGAAUUCCUGCUCCCCGGGAAAUUUCUCUUCAUUUUUUCGGCUAAGAGCACCAAGUACCCGGAUAUCGAGCCUGUGCAGUUUUCGGUAACUGUCAAGGCCCCGGCGUCCCUCAAGAAGUCCUCGUCGUGGACGUCCGGUGGCGCCGGGGCGGGGGCCGGGGCGGGGGUGGGGGCGGGGGCGGGGGCCAAGGUUAAGGGCGGCAGCCGGCCCUCCCACGGCAGUAGCACGUCGGAAGAUCGAAACGGCGCGGCGGCGGCGGCGGCGGCAGUGGCGGCGGCUGUGGCGGCUGCCGAGAUGGCCGAGAAGAAGGACAAGCGGGAGAAGAACAAGCAAAAGAAGCUGGAACAGAAGCUCAAAGGCAGCACCCCUGUGCAAGGAACCGGCGACCGAAAGCGCGGCGGGCCAGCAGGAGGGGACGGUGGAAUUUUCUCCCCUCGCUCCGGCGCGCAAGGAAAGUCGAAGAAGAAGGCCAAGGUCGGCGCCAGCGAACCAUCUUCGGCUGUCCGUGUCCAGGUGAAUCUCCAAGCCCCCGCCCCUACGGGUACCCUCAAUGUCAAGGCCCGAGGUGGUGCUCCCGCCGUCACCCCGGCCACAUCGUUGUCUUCUUCGGGAGUACGACCAGGUGGAGGGAGCGGGGCUGCAAUCGCAAUCGGCAGCGACGGGACAGGGGUAGGGUCCGCCAUGAACAGCGGCGGCAGCAGCAACAGUAAGGCCAAGAAAGGGGGCAGUGGCGCGGGCGGCGCUCUGAAGGAUAAGGAAAAGGGUGGUGCCAAGGUGAAGGCUGCUGCGGUGCGGAAGAGCUCAACGAGCGGCGGCGGCGGCGGCGGCGGCGGCGGGGCGGUAGCAGCAGCAGCGGGCGGGUCACCAGCCGCGGGAGCGUCAGCAGCGAAAUCGAAGGGGAGACAAAAGUCGCCGGUGGCUGUGGGUGCGGGGCAGCAGCGGCAGGACGGAGGGAAGGAGGCGUUGUCGGGGGGGGGCGUUCGACGGCAGGAUGGAGCUUCACUCGCACCUGCUCCGGGUUCAGGAGGUAGCGGCUACAGCGGCAGCAGCGCCGCCACCAACAAGAAGCGGCCUCGGCCUGAAGACGGGGGCGGCGGGGUUAGCACUUCCGCAGCACCCGCGGCGACGGCAGGCACUGGGCCGAUCGCAGGGGGAGAGAGCGGCGGAGCACCAAAGAAGAAACAGAAGAAGACGCCGACGCCCACAAAAACGCCUGCCAAGAGCAGAGCGGCGGGGGGCAAGGGCGGGGGCGGGGUUGGCGCGGCCUCCCAUGCUGGUGCGCCGCUUGGUAGUGCCAGUGGUGCCGCAGUGGCCGUGGGGGCUCCGCCGGGUGCCGGUCAGGGUGGGGGUGUCUUUCAAGACCUUGGCGGCGGCAGGGUGCCGUCGCCUUGGGCUUCGUCUGGACUGGUGAUAGGCCCGCCUGAACAGCGGAAAGGUCCCAACUUGCACUUCGGAGGUCCUGGCUCUACGUCUUCUCCUGCGCUAAGCAGAAGCCAAGCCGGUGCCGCGGCAGGGGCGGGGGCUGCUGCGCCCUCCAAGACCGCCUCCAAGAAGACCAGCAAAAUGAGUUCAGCAACAGCCAAGGGGACGCUAGGGAAGACGCCUGCUUCCGCGGUAGCAAGCAAGGCCGCCGGUGGUGGCAACAACAAGUCAACGAAGGCGGCUUCCGCCUCCGCUUCCGCUCCCGCCGCUGCAGCAUCCCCAGCUGCUGCUCCUCAUCCCAAGACCGGAGCUGAGUCCUCCGCGGCGACUGGGGGCAAGGAAGUUUCCGCCGUUGCUGCGGGCUCGCCCCUCCUGCCCAAGGUUGCUAGGGCCUUCAAGACAUCAUCGUCAGGGCCAGGGACUACCGACAAGACCGAGGUCUGCAAGUCUUCGGCAGCAGCAGCGGGGGCGGCGUCACGGCCGGGGGCAGGAGAAAACGCCUCCGCCGCCGCCGCAGCUGUCGCCGCCGCCUCCUGUCACAAAUCUCCGAAAUGUGUUCUCAAAUCUCCGAAGAAAGUCUCGUCGUCUUCAGUGUCGAUUGACUCGUCUUCCUCUGCCGCUGGCCCGCCCGGUUUGCCCAAGGCCGCCGCCAAGAGCAAGAGCAAGAGCAAGGCCACGCCGGGGUCGCCCAAGGCGAGCAAGCCCAAACCAGGCCCGUCGUCACCACGAUCUGGUGGGGCUAGGUCUGGGCCCUCCUGUGCGCAGCCUGCAGCAGGAGGCGUCGCUCCCGGGGUCGUAGGAGAGCUCGUGUUGGCGGCGGCGGAGGCUGUCAAGACGGCGGCGGCGGCGGGCGGGAACGCCCCGGCACUAGUGGUCCCCAAGGGGCGCGGCCGGCCGCCAACUCCUGGCGGAAAAAACGCUAAGAAAAGGGAGUCUUUGCUCCAGAAGUUGCUGGAGGAAGAGAUGGCGAAGGUCAACAAAGCCGGUACCCCCGGUCCCGCUGAGCGCAGCGGUCCGUUUCCUUCCCCCUCCUCCUCCUCGGCCCAGAGCGAGAAGGACAAGGAGAAGGCCAAGGAUAAGGACAAGAAGGAGGAAGACAGGGCGAGGGCGGUGGCAGCGGCAGCCGAUGCGGCGGACGCGAGAGGCCGACGGUCGAGGGAUCAAGAGGCGCCGGGUAGUCCCGCCGGCAAGCCUAAGAAGAAGGACAAGAAGAAGGAGGGCAGCACAAAGGAGAGCAAUAACAAGGACAACAAGAAGGAGAAGACCAAGAAAGAGAAGAGAGACGGAGAGGAGAAGGAAGUGGAGAAGGUCAAGGAUGAUGGCAAGGAGAAGGUGAAGAGGAAGGCCGUCAAGGCGAAGAACGCUAAGGACAAGACCACCGAGGACAAGGGCUCCAAGGACAAGAGCGACGAAGGCAAGGACGGCGCUGGGGGGCACGCCGAUGGCACAGCCGGUUCCGACAAGAAAGCCACCGGAGAAGAGAAACUCCUCGCAACCCCGCCGGCUCCCAAAGGCAAGGGGAAACCCAAGAGCGUCGCCACUCCGGGGGAAGGGGAGAGAGUGUCCGGCUCGGCUGCUGCGCCAGCGAGCCCCUCGGAGAAAAUGCGCGGUGGUGGCGGUACGGCCAAGACACCCGGUUCCAGGGCUCCGUCAGUUGGUGGCGGCGGCGGCGAUGGUACCAAGGUUAAGAAGGGGAAGCAGGCGACGGCGGCGGCGGCGGCGGCGGCGGCGGCGGCGGCGGCGGGGGGUUCAGGGAGGGAGGAGAUUGACUUGAGGGGUGAUCCGAUGAAGGUAGACGAGGAUAAGGAUAAGCAGGAUGAGACGGAGGAAGAAAAGGAAAAGGAGGUGGAAGAUGACCGGUGGUGGGUGGGGGGUGCCUGGGGCAAGGACGAGAAUCACGUCAUCGAGUUGGACGAGAACCUGAUGCAGGAGGGAACGCUACCGCAAACAUUCUCUUCGUACGAUGGGGAGUUCGAGGUGGAUAUUCCCGCGGGCCUGUUCGGGGUUAUCCUGGAUGAUACUCGGGCUAUCCUGGAAGAGGGCAAUCUCAUCCGCCUUCCUCGCACCCCUUGCGUGAGGGAGGGUCUGGAAGACUUCAUCUCUGCGUCGAGAGGCGACGACGUUCCCGGACGGGAAUUCAUAAAGUUCAUCGGCAACUGCUUCGACGGUCUUCUGGACACUCCUCUUCUCUUCCCUGCGGAACAAGAGCAGCUCGUACAGGCGCUCACCCACGCGGAGUCUCAGCUCAGGCUGGACAAGGAGCGCGAGCAAGAGCUGAGAGAUGAAGAGGCUAUCGACGUCAGGGGGGACGGAGACGGGGACGGACAGACGCUCCAGGGCUAUGCCGCAGCAGCAGGCGUUGGGACGACUGGGAGCGGCGGCGGGAGCGGUGGCAGUCGUUCCAAAAGCUCGAAGAAGGCCAAGCCCUCGCGAGCAGACCGGGCGGGCGACUUGUUCAGCGACGCGGACGGCAUUUCGGCCAGCGAUAUCUACGGGCUUGAGCACUUAGUGCGGAUGCUGGCCGCGCUCCCGAGCAUGAUGGGCCCGGCUAUCGACGCUUCCAUCACCAGCCCGAGAAUCGCGCCCGGGUCACGGAAGUACCCUGCCAAGUACAACAAGAUGCUGGCCGCCCUCGUGGAGUUCCUAGAGCUACAGCGGCGUGAGGGCGCCUUCGAUCGCGAGUACGUUAGCGCCGAAAAUCUUGCCUCAACCGUCGCGUGAAAAGGGCUAAUAGCAGCGGGGUGUGGUUGCGGCCGUGACACCCUGUUCUUGUUGUGGCUGCAACGGCAGCGCACGCGCUAAAGCACAAGGCAGAGGCAGGGUAGCGGCCGUGAUGCCCUGUAUUUGUUGUAGCCGGAUGAACACGCUUGGACGGUAAAACUCGGGCGGGAGUGUGAUCGAGUCAACAGGAGCACACUAGGUUAAUUUGCCCCGUGAGCUUUUGCUGCGCCAGUGGCAACCAACCGCAAACAAGGUGAUCUUAGCUAUGAUAGCUUUUCCAGGUCGGGAGAAAGCCAGUCAGCUAUCAUCCGUAGAGUCACGUCAGCGUUAGCACUUCGUGUCAAGGGAGAGAGGCGUCGAGGGAGGGAGGGGGAGGUCAAAAGGUGAUGCCCAUAACGAAAAGGCGCUCUUUGGUUGCGGAACACUAGUUUGUUUGGGCGGAUUUACAAGGCUGAACUCCUCACCCAAGCGACUCGUCGCUAGGCGUCGAUGAUAAAUUGGGUUGGGUUGGUUUUUGGCCAGAGCAGUAGCGGGUUCCAAGGAGAGUCCAUGUAGUUCACGAAAUAUAGGUUGUAUGAGCUUUAUUGUGAGUCACGGCGACAACUGUAUCAUAAUUACACCGAGGUUUGCCUGCGUUGUUGUGACCACGGUCCGAGAGAUGAGGCUAAUUUUAACGUGUCAAGUAUAGUGAGCAAAGAGUACGGUCAGGUGGAGAGGGUUACUACGUGCUGUGGAGCGGUGUUUCCCGCACUCAGCACCCACCUCUUCACGGCUGGCAUCACGGGCUCCGUUUAUCACAGUAGCAUUAGGUGCAGUCUAAGGGAUUCGACGCACACGGUGGAGGUAGGGAGUGCCGCGUGAGCGGGGGUGGGUGGGAGGGGGGCCUUCCAGAUGAAGGCUAGUUUCAUGAUACCAUGCGACACGAUCACACGUAGGUGUACAGGUCGUUUGGUUCGGGCAUCGGGAAGAGAGUCUGAUUGCGUGACGGAAGCAGCACCUCCCCCCACACACACACCGGUAGUUACUUGUCCGUCGGAGUGCACGCAAUUGCACGUGUUCUAUGCAUAGAUAGAGGUGAUAAUAAAGCGUGCAGCAUAGUCUACUGCCUGUUUUUUCUGGGGUUGAUUUUUCAACGAACUUGUAUGUUGUGGUUGGUUGAGUGUUUUAUUGGGGCAUAAUGCAUCGGUCGGGUUGAUUGUUUUUAUGCCGGAAGUGGGUCGGUGGGAAUCGGUUUCACUUCGCCUUUUGUUUGAAGAGUAGGCAAAGGGGAGGGGGCUAACAACAGACUGGAUAGAGGACGGGACGUGUUUGUCUUUAACUUCCAAAUGUAACAUGUUUUGCUACGCUUACGUGAUCAG